GUCCCUCAGCGCGUGCCCUCAGGUGCGAUUGCGCGGUGCUCGCGGUCCGCGUCUUGCCGCCGUGUUUCUGCUGCUGCGGCCGUUUCCGCCUGUUUUUGCGUCCAUUCGCUUUAGCCACCUUCGGCGAGCUUGCUGCGUCAUCAAUGGCUGUUCGCGUUGGCCAGACCCGACACGCAGCCCGACCGCUCUUGAAGAUUGUCCGGGGGAAGGUGCAUGCUGGACCACACGACCACGAAGAAGCCCCGCAACAGGAACAUGUCCUUGAAGACUUCGACGCUGACCCUGUUCUUGAAGACUUUGACGCUGACCCUGUGUCCUCGGACGGCGAGACCUCGAGACCUCCGCCCAAACACUCAAAGCCGACGCAAUCCUCAACAGACGACAACGACGACGCACUGAGACCCCCGCCCAAACGCUCAAAGCCGACGCAGUCCCUGAAGAGCGACACCGAAGACACACUCAGGCCCCCACCGAAACACCGAAAGCACACACAGUCCUUCCAAAGUGACAAUGAAGACGCACUCAAGAAGCCCCCGGGCUCAAAUCGAAAGCGGAAAGCAGAUGCACUGCUGCCCGGACGAGAACCAGACCCCGAGCAAGGGUUGAGAAAACCCAAGGCCGCGAGGCCUCGCAUCACUGCAGUUCGAGCACCAAGAUCUGGCCAGUUUGAACAAAGCAGGGCAGCCAAGGAAGAGCUCCACGCCGGCAAAGCAGGUGCAUCGACGACCCACACACCGCCGCUCUCAUCACAGGGGAACGAUUGGGGGCUCAACCCGCUGCUCCUUGCUUCGAGCCAAAGUCCGCAGAGUGGAAGGAGAAAAGACUACAGCUCCAAGAGCAAAACGUUCAACAUACAUGCAGCACUCCCUGCGACGAAGCCGAGCAAGGGACCAGUAAAGUUUGGAACCAAGUCCAACAAGCCAAAGACUCCAGUCGAGUACGAUAGCGAUGAGGAUGACAAUGUCUCCAUGAUGACCGACCCACGGGACGAGGAAGCGCCCGAACCGGAACCAGAGGAUCCAGAGCUGCGUAAAGUUCCACGGAAGAAGAAGAAAGAAGCUCAGACAAACGGCAAUACGCUAGAGCCGUCUGCUGUGGACGGUACAGAGCUCGCCAACCUCCUCAAGCCGACAUUGCGUGAACAGCUCGGUCUGACCGACGACGCAUACUCUUCGCUGCCGGCGUCGAGCGCACCACAAGAAGACAUGGACACCCUCGACUCGUACGUCCGCGACCUGCCCGCCGAAGCAGACGAAGACGCCGCAUGCCCCAUCUGCCACGAGCGCGUUGACCAAGAACGCUACUGGGCCUUCUGGAAAGGCCGCGACAAGACGGUCAAGAACCAAGCCACCUUCUGCCACACCCACAGAGAGGCGUCUGCACGAGAAGAGUACGCCGCCGAGGGCUACCCGCCGAUCGACUGGGCCACGCUCUCCUCGCGCAUCAAGAAGCACCGCAUGGACCUGUACACCAUCCUCACCGGCGACGCCCCGAGCCCGUACCGCGCGCGCUACGCGCCCCUCGCGCUGACCGGCAAAGCCGCCGCCGCGCCCUCCACGCGCCGCGACCUGCCCCCCUCUCAGCAAAACGCCCUCGCCUCGUGUACCUUUGACGACGCGACCGUCUAUCCAGGCUACUACGGCCCGCGCGGCCGGCGCCACAUCACCGAAGCCGUGAUGACCCUCCUGCACACGCCGAUCGCGCAGUCGCGCGACCCCGUCGUGCAGACCUCGGGCCCCGCGACGUUCGUGCAGGCCGUGCUGGUGCCCGAAGUUGCGGUGCGGCUGAUCAUGGAGGACUUGCAGUGCGAUCGCGACGCGGCGGACGAGGUGCGCGAGAAGACGUUCGAGAUGGGGGUUUUGCUGCAUGAGGAGAUUGAGGAUGAGGUGCUUGUGGGCGAGGAGGAGGGGGAGGGGGAGGGGGAGGGGGAUAACGAGUAUCGUGUUUGA